AUGGCUUCCAGCAGUACAAAGACAAACAAGCCAUUCCCACCAGGGAUUCACGGCCCUUCGAUUACCUUCUUUGAAGAUGAUCAGCAGCAGGAAAUUGACUGGGCAACUCAGGAGCGGCACCUCGAGUAUAUGAUCACUUCUGGGAUGCAUGGCGUUGUGCUCGCCGGUUCCAGCGGUGAAUCAGCCACUCUAAGUGUGGAAGAGAAGGGUCUGUUAGUCAAGAAAACCCGGGAGAUCGCUGACGCCCAUGGAAAGACUGAUUUCACUGUCACUAUGGGCUGUUUGGCUGGCUCCACCCGCGACAUCUUGGUCCAGAUUGAGACCGCCUACAAGAACGGGGCGGAUUUUGCCCUGGUCUUAGUGCCAUCUGUGUUCCAUUGGGCGAUGACCCAAAAAGCCAUUACCGACUUUUUCGAAGAAGUGGCUGACCGUGCCCCGAUUCCGAUCGUUAUCUACAAUUUCCCCAACCUUUUGUCCGGGUUGGAUGUCAACUCGGAUAUGCUGGAAAAACUUGCCGCCCACCCCAAUAUCGCCGCGGUCAAAUUGACCUGUGGAGGAGUUGGAAAGGCUACCAGAGUAGCUACACAGUUUGAACCGAGUCAGUUCACCAGUUUAUCUGGUAUGAGUGACUGGCUUGUGGCCGCAUUCGCCGCUGGAAGUACAGGUUGCAUUUCAGGUGUUGCAAAUAUUUUCCCUAGGGUCAUGGUUAAAAUUUAUGAUUUGUUCAUGGCUGGAAAGAUCGCAGAGGCUACUGCACUGCAGAAGAAACUGGUCCAACCUGAGUGGGGAAUCGGAACAUCAGAUGUCAACGGAAUGAAAUGGAUUAUCGCCAAGGAGCGCGGUUAUCCCUUGUCCAGUGCACACUGCCGCCGACCAUUCCCCAAGUUUGCAGAUACAGAAAAGCAAGACCGUGUCGUCCGGUUGGUCGCGCCUCUCCUCCCAGUUGAGGAGGAACUGAAGUCGAAGGUGUAG